GGAGGGAGUGUUUGUUUUCAUAACGUUCCACUCCGUCAUAAAAUAGGCUAGAAAUCACGCAUAGGCUAUUGCUUUGCUGAGCAACAAAGAAAAACAUGAUAUUAAUAUGGAAAUUGUCCAUUUAUCUGUCAAUGCCAUGUUUAUUUUGCUUUGCGUUCAUGCAAUUUAUGUUUCUCUCGCUUCUGAAUUUGAUUUCACGAAGCUUGACCAAGAAAGUUAUCUUAAAAAUGGGUGAAAAGGUAACUAUGACCCAGAACCCGAAGUUCAAGUAUGAAGAUUGGGGACCGACUUUUAUGUCAUGGAACUUUAUCAAGACCAUCCUAGGGCACAUGUGGACUAAUGUCGGCCAAGAAGCUUUUGUGGGCAACAAUGCUCCCGACUCACCUGUGGUUACAUUGGAAGGCAAGAGGACCAGUAUCUACAACUAUUUGAAAGGUAAGUUGACGACUGCUCGUGUUCAGUAUGCUGUACAGUCUCAUGCCAGUUAUUUUAACAAUUUCCUUUCGAAAUACUAGGCUACUAUAACUUCUUCUGUGUUUUCUUGUCUGUUAGACAACAGACCACUGGUGUUGAGUUUUGGAAGUUGUACCUGACCCCCGUUCAUGUACAAACUUUGCGAGUUCAAGCAACUCGUCAAGGACUUCAGCGAUGUGGCAGACUUCCUGGUGGUCUACAUUGCCGAGGCGCAUUCUACAGGUGAAUGAGGUGGUCAUUGGUUGACUUGUAAAUGUGAUAUUUCAGUUUAUAAAAUAUUUUUUUGUUGCAAACAUUUCAAAAAACCUGUUUUUGCUUUGUCAUUAUGGGGUAUUGUGUGUAUAUUGAUGAGGGGGAAAAAACAAUUUCAUCCAUUUUAGAAUAAAAUUUGGAAAAAGUGAAGGGGUCUGAAUACAUUCCAAAAGCGUUGUAUAUGCCACUUAGCAGACCCUUUUAUCUAAAGCGACUUACAGUAAUGAGUGCAUACAUUUUACAUAUUGGUGGCCCCGGGAAUCGAACCCACAACCCUGGCGGUUCAUGCUCCAUGCUCUACCAACUGAGCCUAGUAUGAGGCCAUAUAGACCUAUGUGAUGAUGGCUUUGUAAUCUAUCCUAAACCUGGAGAUAUUAUACAACUAAUUUAAGAAUUCUAAGUGAUUGUGGCUUUUUAUAAUCGGUUGUAUUAAACUUGAUAUUGUAUAUAGCCUAGGCUACAUAAAUAUCAGGCCACUACAAUCAGCAGUGUGAUUUUGUCUCUCUGCUUCAGAUGGUUGGGUCUUUGCCAACAACGUUGACAUCACUAAACACCAAAACCUGGAGGAGCGGCUGACUGCAGCACAGUUCCUGGUCAAAGAGGACCCCCUGUGCCCCAUCGUAGUGGAUGUAAUGAAAGACACCACAGCUAGUAAAUACGGUGCUAUUCCAGAGAGGCUGUAUGUGCUGCAGGCAGGAAAGGUUGUUUAUAAGGUAAGGACAGUUAAGAAAAUUGGAAAUAGUAAAAAGAUUACACAUAGAUCAAAUGUAAUGGUUUCUGCAUAAGCAAAACUGAUGGUGUGCAAAGGUAAAGAGAAAUCAAGGUGCACUUCUUGUCUGGAAUUUUUGGAAUCCUGCCAAAGCAUUCUUUGCUUUCUGCCUCACAUGCACACAUCCUGACUCUGUAGUUUUUCAGAAUUAUGGGAAAGGAUAUUUGGAACACAGUGAAGGCUGUUGACAUUCUGUUACACAGGUAUUACCAUAUCAUAGAGAGAAAGGUAGAGGCCUAUAAGACCUGUUAGACAGCUGAAUCUCUCUUUCUUUUGUGAGCCUCAUAGAGAGGAGAGUCUGUCACUUUCACAGUUCAAAGUUCACCAAUAAAUCCACUUGUUACACCUGUCCAAUCACCAGUCUUCUCUGUUUUCACCUGUUGCACCUGUCCAAUCACCAGUAUUCUGUCUGUUACCAGGGAAAGAUGGGCCCAAGAGGCUACAGUCCUGAGGAGGUGUGCUCCUUCCUGGAGAAAAUGAAGUAGGAAGAGGUGAAUCACAUCUGUCACUUUAAAACUCUGUUUUUCUGUUGUCUUUUGUUAUCUUAACCCAUGCCCAUAUGAUUAUGUGUAAUUCUGCUCUCUGGGAUCCCAAUUAUCCAUCUUUGAGUUUGGAGACUUUCUCUAUGUUUAUUAGUGACGGACACAGAUCAAACCUAUGGCCUCUGUAACCCGAUGAAGAGAAACAUGGAGAGACCCUUCAAUCAGAAUGGGUGUGUUGGUAAAACAAGGAAGUUAUCAUAGGAGGUAAAGGAGGAAGUUAAUUCUUGUACUUUUUUAUUCAGGUCAGAGUUAUUACAUUGUAAUGACAUAAUUGAAAUAUCACACCUUUCUAAUGGCUGAAUGUGAAACAAGCCCUUUGGCUGCUAGAUUAUCAAUAUAUAUUCGUACUGGAUCUAGUAUUUUACAUAACAUGAAGAAUUUCUCAAAUGUAGGUAGGUCUAUUUGAUGUGUAAUAGCCAUGUAGUAAUUGCACUGGCAUAUUAGGGCGGCAGGUAGCUUAGUAGUUAAGAGUGUUGUGCCAGUAACC